AUGAUUGCAGAUCUGAAAGCAGAUUCUAGGCGAUGGGACGUCGAAGUCCGUAGCAGACAAGAAGGUGGACAGCCUAGAGGUACCUACUAUGAUACUUAUAAUACCCCACCAGUACCUAACAGGUCACCAGCAAACUAUGACUCCUCUUCUGUCCGACCCCGACCACCAGUAGCAUACUCGUCCUCACGUCCACAGCAACCACAACAACCAUCAUAUUCUACUUACCCACCUACCCAACCAUACCCUGCCCAUCAGCCCCAGCCAAGCUACCAAGACUACGGUACCCAGCCUGGAUACCCGCAAGAGGGUAGCUCUUACGUCCCCAGUGGUGGACCACCCUACUCAACCCAGUCCACUCCACCUGUAACAACGGCUGAGCAAUCAUAUAUCCAUAGUCAAGGUGCCUACGCCUACCCUGGAGGAAUAUCCCAACCCCGCUACUCUGGACAAGGAUAUGAGAAUGACCGUGAUUAUUCUCCUGUUGGCCAGUCUACAUCUCCAUACCCUCCAUCAACCGGACCAGAUCCCAGGAUAAUGGAGACCGGAUAUCCAGUGGAAUCUGCCUACCAGGACCGUCAGCCAGACCGAGGACACCCUAGGAAUCCUGCCCCUCGUCAUUAA